CCGUAGAAAACCCUUUCAGAAAGCUGAAAAUAUAGAACAAAAAUGUUGAAAAUCACAGCUGCAAUCUGUGUUGUAUUUUGUGUGAGUUGUGCGUGGGCUGGCUGCGACUCUUGCGGGCAGGAGUGCGCCCCCGCGUGCGGGACGAGACGCUUCCGAGCUUGCUGCUUCAACUACCUGCGCAGGAAGAGGGGGCCAGAGCUCAACAAGAUCCUCUCUGCUCCUCGAGAUACGAAGGAGGAGAAAGCCCCAGCAGUAGCCAUGUACGUGGUGGCGAACAUCCCAGUACCAGAACCGUGGAUGUCCAGCGCCGUGUCAAGCGAAAACCAACGCUAUUCGCUAGAGGAUACGCUUGAAAAUCGUCUGAACUGAUGCUUUUAGUGAAACAAUUUAAUU